UUAAAGUUUUGUUUUUAGUGUUGGAGGAUAUUUGAAUGAACCCCCACUGGGAGCCCAGGUGUGUGCAGGGGUGGGUGGAUGUUUUGAAUGAACCACAGCCUCAUUUUUAAUUUGGAAAAUGAUCGGCAGUAAUUUUAGUACACGUGUGGUUUGUAAUUCAUGAGCUAAAACUGCAAAACAACAACAAAAACAGUGGUUUGGUCCUGACGGUGACCUCCUCGAGUAGCUAAUUAUUCACUUGUUGGAAGCUGUAUAUAAUUUGUAUUUCCCUCCCCAUAAAUCAUAUUAGUUACCACCGAGCAACCUUUAUCGAUCCUGUAACAACGCUGUAGCUACCACUUUGAAUAUCUACGCUAUGACAGUAUGUUAGCAACCUGCUAGAAAACACAUAACAAGGACCCCAUAUACACUAACAACAUCCUAUAAUUUACUAAUGUCCUUGUGACCACCUAGCAACAGCUUAGCAAUGACCAAAAACACCCAAGCAAUAUUUUACCAAUCCUGUAAUAAAAGCAUAGCUAUGAUUUAAUUUAAUUUCUACCUAACAAAGACCCAAAAUACGCCAACAACAUCCUUACGCCACAGCUGAAUAGCAACCAGGGUCCUCAGUGUUCUUGUAACCACCUAGCAGCAGCUUAGCAACCACCCUGAACGCCUAGCAAUAUUUUACCAAUCCAGUUGAAAUUGUAGGAUACUGCCUAGCAAGAUGUUAGCGACCACGUGAGAGCACCUCACCAACCUCCCAGAAUCCACUUUAUUGUGGUCUGGCUGCUCGCCAACACGGAGGAGAUUAAAGUACUUCUUCACUCCUUCUGAGUCAUAACUCAGUCAAAGCUGACAUGAAGCUCAUACUUUUAGAUUCAGUGUGACUUACACUUUCCGUUGACAUCAUUUGUCAACAUCUAUUACUGUAUGUCCAUAAAUCAGCUUAGAAAUCAUAGAAUAAAGCCGCUCCUUGUAGCUGCAGAACCUGCCUGAGAAUCCUGCUGUUUCUAAGUUUCCUUCAGUCUCACAGUGAUCCAGAGACAGCUGUCUGUCCGUCCACGGGUCCACUGCAGACAGGAGCUGCUGACUGCUGGUUCGGCUGACUAAAAUGUAAACAGAUACGGGGGUAAAGUAAAGAGGCGCGACUUGCUAAAUGUUAAAUGUGAAAUAAAAAGUUUUGUUCUUCUUAUAUUUAUGUAUUAUAUUUUGCAGUAGCAUUUUUUUAGAGCCUCGCUAGAAAACUAAAGGAUUAGUCUAAAAUAAAAGACUAGAACAAUCUAAAUGCUGGAGGAAUGAAAAAUUUAUUACAUAUUUAUUUACAUUUUUGUCAAAUUGGCAGCAUUAAAGGUAUGCUGACUCAGCUGUUGGCUGUGAACUCAAAUUGUCUCUCACCUUUACGACACCAAACGGUAACACCUGCACUGAUUUCAAACCACAGACUUAUUGAAAUGGAACCUUUUUCAAUCCAAGUCACGUCUUUUCAUUUACAUGUGUAUUUAUGACCCAACAGCGGUCUCUCACGCAUCGUCUUCAGAGCAUUCAGCCUUUUCUGGUCACAGUUAUUAUGUGCUGUCAUUAAUGUCAUUUUAACUUUUAAUGAAAACCGUUUCAGGCGAAACAUGAGACUUUUAGGAUGUGAAGAAAUGAAAUGUGUAAAAACCUUUGCUGAAACAGCAGCAGAGUGAGGAGAUGAAAGAGGAAGACUUGAAUCUGAGGUUUUCAGAAGCACACACACACACACACACACACACACACACACACAUUUCCCUUUUAUCAGCAGUGUUUCAGUGUGUGAUCGAUGUUGUACAGCCUCCUCACCAUCAUCCUCAUCAUCACCUGUAGCAGCGACGAGGGAAACCAGCAGCACGAUCCGAACUUCAAACCUUAGAAGAAGAUGAUGGACGAAAUGAUGUCCAACCUAUCAGAUUACGACGAUAAUGAGUACUAUGACACUUAUGACUACGAAGUGAUUGGACCUUGUUCUCACCAGAACAACCACAGCGUUGAGCUGGUGGUCGGCCCGUACGUCCACUCCAUCAUCUGCAUCCUGGGCUUCGUGGGGAACAGCCUGGUGAUCGUCACGUACGCCUUCUACAAGAGGACCAAGUCCAUGACCGACGUCUACCUGCUCAAUGUCGCCAUCGCUGACCUGCUGUUCGUGGUGUCGCUGCCUCUCAUCGUCUACAACGAGUUGUCGUCGUGGUCGAUGGGGCCGGUGGCCUGCAAGCUGCUGCGAGGCUCCUACAGCGUGAACCUGUACAGCGGCAUGCUGCUGCUCGCCUGCAUCAGCACCGACCGCUACAUCGCCAUCGUCCAUGCCCGCCGCAGCUUCAGACUGCGCUCGCUGCCGUACAGCCGCCUCAUCUGCACCAUCGUCUGGGCCACCGCCUUACUGCUGUCUGUCCCCACCUUCUACUUCUACAACUGGUACGAGCCGUCCCACACCAAGGACACCUUCAUGGACGAGGUGGAGGUGAUGAAUCAGACCUCCAAGCCUCCCCAGUACGUCUGCGAGUUCAAGUUCUCGCACAACAGCACGGCCUGGAACACCAAGGUGGCCGUCCCCAGCGUCCAGGUGGCGGUGGGCUUCUUCCUGCCGCUGCUCAUCAUGGUCUUCUGCUACACCGCCGUCAUCGUCACCCUGCUGAGAGCCAGAAACUUCCAGCGGCACAAGGCGGUGCGGGUGGUGCUGGCCGUGGUGGCGGUGUUCAUCGUUUGCCACCUGCCCUACAACAUCGCGCUGCUGUACGACACUGUCAACAUCUUCGAGGUGCAGUCGUGCAAUGCGUCAGAUGCCUUGCAUACAGCCAAGACGGUGACGCAGACCAUCGCCUACCUGCACUGCUGCCUGAACCCCGUGCUGUACGCCUUCAUCGGGGUGAAGUUCAGGAACCACUUCAGGAGGAUCGUCCAGGACCUGUGGUGUCUGGGGAAGAGGUACAUCGCCCCACGCCGCUUCUCCAGGGUCACCUCCGAGAUGUACGUGUCCACUCGCCGCUCGGUGGACGGAUCGAGUGACAACGGCUCGUCCUUCACCAUGUGAGGACGCUCGGCGGGUUCAUCUGUGGAUCCGUCUGUUGUGGACCAGAAGAUUCCCUCCUGAAGCCAAAGCUCUCUGGAGCUGGGCUUGAGGCCCGCCGGUCUCUUGAAGUCCAAACCUGACUCAGGGCUGUAAAUCAUUUUGUAAUCAUGUGUUGCUUUAGGCUCUUGGUCACAAGAUAAAUCUGAGGGCUUUUAAGAUGAUAAGAAAUGAGACAAAAAAAUCUGCUGCAACAUUUAUGUCCGUCUGUCUUUUCUUUAAUUUUUGCUUUUUAUUGUGAAAUACUGCAGUUUUACCUCUUCAGGACUUAAAAAUCUGUUUGAGAAGGAAACAUCAAUCUUUGGCUGAACUGCUCACAGCUUAGAGACACGAACUGUGACCAAACGUUGCUUUGCUUUUAAAAGAGUUGAUUAUCAUUGAAUCCACAUAAAUUGUUAACCAGCUGUUUUUCAAACUGAUCUGGAGGCUCAGCUGACCAAGAUUAGUUAGUACAGUGUAACUGUGCAACUCUGUGUCCUGGAAAUGAACCUGGUUUUGAAGGAAACCCACGUGCUGUCUGUGUUGUGUUUAUCGGCAACAUUGUAAGUAGUAGGUCAGAGGUCCGGGUGAGGAGGUUCAGGAGUUUGACAGCAGAGAUCACCACCUGGUGUCAGCUUGAGAUACUGAAACACUUUGGUUCAGUAUUAAAAGAGUCAAGAAGUCCUGUCUCGUGCUUCAAGUCAGCUGGGACUUUUUCAAUAUUGAACCAUCUUUCUUGAAGCUGAGAGACUCAACCAGAAAACGACAUCCAUCAUGAUUUACGAGCAGAUAUGGACCUUUUUCAUAGCAGACAUUUGACUUGUCAUAGCAGGAAAGACACAGGUGGAUACUAAUAUGUCAACUACUAUCACCUUCUGACUCUGGUGA